AUGACGCCGAGCAACUUUCCCAACGAUGGCAUCUUCCACCAGAUGGCGCAGCUCUCUGCCCAUAUUCAACACCCCAUCAUCAUUGAUCCCAGUGCCCACGUAGAGGCCACUUACAACCAGCUGUUCCACGACGUGGCGCUUCUGCGCGAGGAUAUUGUUCAAAGCCUACCGGCUGAUACCAUUGACGAAAAUGGCAGCAUUCGGAGCGAUUGUGACAACUUCAUAUGCGUGCUGUGCCCGGGCGACUACGAGUUUAUAGUGGCUUUUGUCGCUAUUCUAUCAGUAGGCGGCGCCGUAACCCCGUUGGGCGACACCUUGGAACCUGACAAUGCGGCCGCUUUCUUUGACGAAGUAAACUCAAGCUUACUCAUUGUAUCCUCUUACUACGCUACGCGUGCUAUAGCCAUACAGGCCAAGAUGCAAGCCACAGGACGAAACUUAUCAGUGGUAUCUCUUAAUCAAGGGAAAGAGAACCACCCAGCUUGCGCCAAACCUGGAGAGCCAGCUUUCCGAAUCAACGAAGCAAUCCAAAUCUCCCCCGAGCGACCAGCAGCGGCUAUUUUCACUUCAGGCACAACCGGUCGGCCCAAGGCAGCCUUGAUUCCACGACGGAGGAUCUUUCCUCUUUGGCCCGUAGAAACCGUCAUCAAAAUGGCCCAGGAUUCAGUCGCAGUUUCUUACCGGCCGCCUCAGUGGAUUGGCGGCGUUCGCGGCCUUACUCGCUGUGUGCUCGAAGGGGUCGCUACGCUACUCACGCCACCACGAGCUGAUGCCGCCGUUCUAUGGUCUUAUAUCCGGGAUUAUGCCCCUACUGACAUGGACUUUGUACCAUUUACUCUCAAGAAGAUGCAGGCCUACUACGAAGCCCAUAUUUCCACCCUUCCACCAGAAGAAGUCGCCAAGUAUGCUGCAAAUGUAUCCAAAAUGAGCUUUAUAUGCUACGGGGCCAUGAUUGAACAGAGGACACGCGACUUUUGGACGGGCUUAGCUGGAAGGAACAUCCUUCGCAACAUGUACGCGGCCACGGAAUCCAGCAUUAUGUCGAUUUCCAGCGUAGAUGCAGACGUCAAGUCCAUUGGGAGCCUUUUUCCCGGCGUAACGAUGGAGCUCUCAGAGGGGGAUUACGGUGAAGCACGAGUCAAGAGCCCGCAUAUGUUUCUUGGGUACCUGAACAGUCCAGAGGCGAACAAGGAGACCUUUGACGAUGAGGGAUGGUUCAAGACGGGCGAUGUCCUGCUCAUUGGCUACCACGCCUACAAGGUCUCGAUUUUAGAAGUAGAGAACUCCCUUGCUGACCUGCCCUAUAUCGCGGAAGCCCAUAUUGUCAGUAUACCCGACUACGAUGCCAAGGAGCUCGUGGGUGCCAUAGUGCGCAUCAGGGACCCUGCGAUAAACCACAAUGACGCCGCCAGCUACAGAUACCUCGACCGAAUCCGUACCGACUUAUCCCACAAGCUUGCUCCGUACAAGCUGCCCGUGCUGGUCCGGUAUCUUGCCGAGGACGAACAAGUCCCACGCACACACUCCGAUAAAGUAAUCAAGAGGGGCCUCGCGGCGACCUUUUUUGGUAUACAGGAGCUGAUUACACCAGACUACGUGUGGCCGCAGACAGAGUAUCUGCCCAGUAAGGGUGUAGAUGCUGCGGGUGAAUUGCAGCCGUGGGACUGGUCUGGCAAGGUUAGGGGCUCUGAGUAAAGCUUUGGUCGUAGUGUUGCGUUGCUGCGUGACGGUGCGUGAAAGUCGUUGUACACGAACGCGCCUAGACAUGCAAUAAUAUUCUAUGGUUUACAAACGCUGCUUUUACACAUGCUAAACUCAUCACUAUAAAUGUCACACAUAUACACCCUUAUACACAAAUAUUUCCAUGCCAAGUAAGUCCACUGCAUGCGUCUUCCCGCGCCAUGUGUAAUACCUCGCAUCCAUCUCAUUCAGCCACCACCACCAUCACUACGCCAAAAGAAUAGAAUCAUGCACGGGUCGUCCCAUCAUACUGCGCAGCAGCUGAUUUCCAUGCGCCAAAAUCUGCAGCUCAAUCUACCCAUCUGCUCAGUAAGCGCUUGGGGUGCGGUUAGCUGCAGAUACCGGCCGCCUUUCCCAGGCAUGCAAUACAGCCAUCUCAUUAAUACAGCCUUAUUUCGCCAUGCUCUUCAACAUUACACAUCAAUUGCCAAGCCUUAAACACCAGACAUUGCCGGAAGCGGGACAUCGGCCGUGUGGCUGGCUGUGUAAGCGACCAACAUCAUCAUUCUCAUAUAGCACAAGCGCUGCAUGUUAGCCAAUUGAACUUUGUCCAGCUCACACCUCGUCCUUUCUCACCGAGCCAAGAUAGUUUCUCUGAUGCAUGAACGGAAAUCCAUCCAACGACGUCAUGGCACGGCACGGCAGCAGUUACCUCUGCACCACGAGACCGAUCGCAGGAACCUGUACGUAACAGUAUCACAGCCCAAGUUAAUUGUCCAGCGGACUUCAGUAUUCC